AUGUUGGGCUCAUUGAAUUCAACUUCCCACGAUCAAGAAGAAGAGGACCCCUCCGCCACAGAUCUACAACAACAGCAGCAGCAGCCAUCGCAUUCAACAGGAUUCACCUCAAACUCACACUCCCAGCAGGCAAUACACAUGCGUCAAUUACUCAUCAGUUGCGCAGAGCUCGUCUCUCAAUCCGACUUCCCCGCUGCUAAUCGCCUCCUCUCCAUUCUGUCCUCCAACUCAUCCAUUUAUGGCGACUCCACCGAGAGGUUGGUCCACCAGUUUACCAAAGCCCUUUCCCUGCGCAUCAACCGUCUUCACUGUCCUGGAAGCCUGCUGAUGAUGAUGAAUAUCAACUAUCCAAUUGCUGCUGCAACUGCAACCGCUACUGCCAUUGCCAAUUACGACAUUGAUCCGUCUCUACAGUCAUGUUAUCUUUCCCUAAACCAAAUAACCCCAUUCAUUAGAUUCGCUCAUCUCACAGCCAACCAGGCCAUACUCGAAGCCAUACAAGUAGGGCAACAAUCCAUACAUAUUCUUGACUUCGACAUCAUGCACGGCGUGCAAUGGCCCCCCUUGAUGCAGGCAUUAGCCGAACGAUCUGCAAAUAACCUCCACCCUCCACCCAUGAUUCGAAUUACCGGAACCGGUCACGACUUGAACAUCCUCCAGAGGACUGGCGACCGCCUUUUCAAGUUUGCACAGUCUCUUGGCCUCAGAUUCCAGUUCCACCCUCUUCUAGUCCUCAACAACGACCCUACUUCGGUUGCUCUGAACCUUCCCUCCACGCUUACAAUCCUUCCGGAUGAGGCACUGGCUGUUAACUGCAUGUUUUAUCUACACAGGUUACUCAAAGACGACUCUCGUGACCUGCGCCUUUUCCUUCACAAUAUCAAGGCCAUGAAUCCCGCGGUGGUGACGAUCGCUGAAAGGGAAGCCAACCACAACCACCCGCUCUUCUUGCAGAGGUUUAUCGAGGCCUUAGACUAUUACACAGCCAUCUUCGAUUCCCUAGAGGCAACCCUGCCUCCUAACAGCCGGGAGAGACUAGCCGUGGAGCAGAUAUGGUUUGGCAGAGAAAUUGUCGACAUUGUGGCUGCAGAGGGAGAGAAUAGAAGAGAGCGACACGAGAGCCUGGAGACGUGGGAGGUGAUACUUAGGAGCUCAGGAUUUUCCAAUGUUCCGUUGAGCUCAUUCGCACAUUCACAGGCCAAGCUUCUCCUUAGGCUCCAUUAUCCGUCUGAGGGUUACCGGCUUCAAAUUCACAACAACUCUUUUUUCCUAGGUUGGCAGAAUCGUGCCCUUUUCUCUGUAUCCUCCUGGCGCUAA